AUGCUAAGUUUAUUAAUGUUACUGCUGGCCAUAAUGACUGCUGUAUCCGCAACUAGCGGUAGCAAACAGUCCGCACAAACCACGGUAAGCUCGUAUGGAAAACCUUAUGUGAAUUUGUUAGGUAACAUUCAGGGGCGGAGCGGGAGAUUUUGUAGGUGUACCCACGUGGAAGAGAAAAUUUCCAGCGUCGAAGCCGGUCCAACGUCGGCAGGUCUGGUGGCAUGCUCCCCGCUUAAAAUUUUUAAAUUUAUUGUCUCGGAAAUGCUACUUCUAGCGUUUUCUUCAGGACAUUUUCAGUAAUUUAACACGCAGGAAAAUUUAGCACUCAGUUGUUUAUUUUGCCCAUCUCUAGUGUUGUUGGUAAGGUACAGUGUUUACGGAAAAAAAAGCCAGUGACGUCAUCAGAAUUAUGGGAUAAUAAAAUGAUAAAGAAAGUACUAACACAUUGACACCAAUAUAGUGCGAAAAAUGUAUCAGUCAUCCCAAUUUAAUAAUAAAAAAUGCCUUUUCAGGAAAUAAAAAUAUAAUUAUUCCAUAUUUUAGCUGUACAUGUACGCACGGGCGUAUGUGAGUAUACGGACGAAGGACGCUACGCCCCUGACAUUUGACAAUAGUGAGCUUUUAAGCAACGACGACGUCGACAUCAACGAGAACGGCGAAAAAGCAAUAGGUUUAGAUUGGCAUAACAACAACUCUGCACGUGCAUCACGUUUUUUUGUAGAUUUCGUUGUCGUUACUGCACGACUACGACGAGAAAAUGCCUAAUUUCACUUUUUGCUGAGGACGUGAACACACUUUCUUUUCCUGACCUUUUAUACUGAGUUUUAGCAUUUAACUCCAGAAAUAGUUGCCAAAAUUUGACGAAUUGGACGAGAUGGAAUAAGCACGACAAAGUUUAAAGCAUCACGACUUCACUUUUUAAGUGACGUUUUCGUAGCCGUCGCCGCCGUUGUAGCUUAAAUUCCUUAACAGAGCUCUGACGGUGGAGAGGGAAAGGUAUCACCUAUUUACAGGGCCCGCGGAGCAUUUUUUAAGGUGCGGGGCCCGGUGUCCGCCCCUUUUGAAGUGGAGGGGGGGAGGGGGGGGGGUAGGGGCAAAUCUGGCAGUUCUCUCUUUGUGGCUGUUUGGAACUGUCAGAUUACUGAACCUUUCUUUAGUCAUUGCUGGGCGGAGUCAUGUUUAUAAAUUUCAAGCCCCUGAAAAGUACCUUUCUCCCGCUGAGGCUGAUUGCACAUGCAGGAUCCACCAGUAGAAGUUUGCACUGUAGGUUCCUGUAACCCCUUCAUUUUGUUUAGUAUGUCAUCGAAAUGCGUCAGAGACCACAUCAUCAGCCUACAUAAUUCGUUUUAAGAAACCUUAGUUCGUGAGUAGUCUUCAGACUUAAUCGAGAACCUUCAUCAAAAAGGACUCUACUCCGCAUCGUUGCAAAUGCUACAUAAACGCAGAAGUCUAAGACUAAGUACAGUUUUGUGAACACAGGCGUUUCGAGGCUUACUACCGUGACAUCAGACGGAUGGGAUCGAAACGGACGCUUAUUCCAACAAAGAUACUAUUUAUGUGAAAAUGUAUAUUACAGUGGAACCUCCAUAACGAAGUCCUCGGUCUAACGAACUAUUUUUUUUGACUCCAGUAAUAGUAAAAUUUAAGGCAAUAUGAAAAAGAACCUCAAUAUAAGUGAAAUAAACCUCGUUACAUAUUUUGAUAUAACAUAUUUUGUCAGUCCCUUGGCCCUUCGUUAUAUCGAGGCUCCACUGUCCUUAAUUUUGAAAAAGUGGGGGGGGCCCUGGCCCCCCCGAGCCCCUCCCCCUGCACGGGCCCUGAUUUAUGAAGCAGGCAGGAAAAGCCAGGACAUGAGAAUGAAAGAAUGCCGCCUUUACUGAAUCUGAGGCCUUAGGAAAUUCAAAGUUUCAGUUAAAAAUUAACUCGUUGGACAAGCAUGUUUUUGAGAUUAGGUAAGCUCGAACUGUUUCUACUAAAAGUACAUAUACCGGCCUUUUUUGCUUUUCAGCUUUUUGCGAACCAAUCCUGAAUACAAUCAGGAUCAAUCAGUCGAAGGAUAACAUAUAUUUUUAUUUUUUAAUAUUUUCUUGUUUGAAACUAGCAAUCUUCAUCGUUUUGUUAUGGUUGUUGUGGCAUUCCCGGCAUGCACGGCAAGCAUGGUACUCCCGGGGCACCUGGCCGCGACGGACGUGACGGACGUGAUGGAGCAAAAGGUGAUCAAGGAUUGCAGGGAAAGACUGGACCUCAGGGACCUCCUGGUGAUAAGGGACUUGCUGGUGUAAAGGGAGAAGAAGGGGCUAAAGGAGAAACUGGAGCCCAAGGUCCUCCCGGUCAAAAAUGGGAACUUGGCCCGAUGCUGUUUAAGAAUUGGAAAGAAUGUGCCUGGAAAAACUUGGAUGAUCCGAAGGACAGUGGUCUGAUCAAGGUGAGUCGUGCAUUUGCGAUUGAUCAGCAUACAAUUAUCAAAUUCACACACCAUAUAGAGCAUGUAGCAGCCAUUUUCCAAAAGGCCUUUUGUUUGCUCAAUGCAGAUACCAAAGAACAUCCAUAAGGCUUCUGGCAUGCACUCUUAUAAAGCGACAUCCUCUAUAUAGCGCCCUAGUUACAUACAUAGGUUUGUAUUAAUUCUGUCUGCAGAUUUUCGAGCGCACAAGGCAUUUUUCCAGUAUUGUCAAUGGUAUUAACUAUUGGUCAUUAUUAAAACUUGAAAAAAAAAGUGAAAAUGAAAAUAGUUAUUGCGAAAUGAGAUUAAAAUAGGAAUAAUAAUUUAAAAAAAACCAUUUCAACUAAUUGGAGCGAUCAUAAAAAUAGCGUGCGUGGCACACGUUUGAAAGGAGGGAACGAGAUUUCGGGCGCGCGAGAAGCGCGAAAGCCUUUCUUGCGCACGGUCUCGCGCCCAAAUUCCCUUCCCCUUCCCUUACGAACGCCUGCCACCCAUGCUAUGCAAUAAGAUACAAUUUCGCCAUGCUUCAAUGAGGGCUAUAUAUGUCUUUUUUCCUGCCAUAUUUUUAAAAUUCAAAAUGCCCGAAGGCCUGAAAUUUUUUUCCCGGUAUCCAGUACAAUUUAGCUACUUACUUAUGUGGGGCAUAAGACUGCAAAGAUCCAACGCUGUCCGGGCCUAAUUGCUCGCCUCUAAGGUUCUUCUUCAGGUCGUAUUUCGGUCUGCACGGUUGUUUUUCUCCAGUUUGCUGCCCCCGCGCCCCCGCCCCUUGGGGUUGGGUGUAGGGUUAACUACUCCUCACCGUAAAAUAAGAUGUAAUUGCUGAAACUAUGGCGACAAUCAGAAUUUAGGUGUCUGAGAAGAAUUAGCAAAGUGAACCAAUUUUUGCGAGCAUUGCUGACAGGCAGAAUAAACUAUUUAACGUUCAAGCAGAUUUUAUAUUUAGCCUACCGUAGCCAAAAUUGUCAGUAAAUCACUUCGGAAACUUUACUAAGUGGCCUCCUGUCCAUUGUCCGAAGAGGGUUACUUAUUAGUUCUACGGUAUAUAGCUGUUCAGCAACUGCGGCGGGCUGGCUUUGCAAACAAAGAGGUACUUGGGCUUACACGUUAAAAGCCAGUGUCUGGUCAAGGAGCAGUUGGUCACUUUGUGGGCAGUUAAUUGUGCUAUUAUUCAUACAGCAAAUAGCCUUUUCAGAUCAGGCGUUCAGAUAGUGAAGUGCGGCGCGAAGUAAGAGAUCGGGAAAGAUAUGCAGGAAGAGAAGGAUUCUCUCCUUCUCUCUCACCCCCUACCCCACCCCAUCGCUGUUUUUCCUGCUCACUUCUCUUGCGCGGCGGUCCCCACAAUCUGAACACCUGGAACAGGCUAUAUUGCAAGUAAAUCUAGGGCUGUGAUAUGAACAACUUCAAGCGAACUUCAAUUUAGCGAAAAACUACGCUUGUAAAGUUUUUAAGAAUGUCACGAUUCUCGUCAGUGUUUCGGGUAAAGCUUUGGGACUUCGGCAUAACAGAAGCGUGUUUGUGGGUGUGAUUACUGAACAGCUCUGAACAAAUGUCUUGACCUUCUUGAAUAUGAUUUCUUGCUUUGGUUCUACAAAAAAUAAAGGGUAAACGUGUAACGGUUUCUCUGCCCUGUAUCUCAUGGUAAGACUCUCAGCCUAGUCUCUGCUACUAACAAGGGCGUUUCAUCUCUCAGUUGACUCUGAAAACUUAUGCGUCGAUCAAUUCGAAACUUUAACAUCCCAAAGUAACCCCUUUGGCAUUUGAACUUUUUAAGGCAUGCCUAGUUAGAUUCUUUUUUUCUCCUCAGCAGAGGCUCUCGCUGGGUAUCCGAUUGUCCCACCCGCGCUUCCUUUUUCUCUCUCCCCAGCUUCCCUACGAUAGAAAGAGGCCUUUGCGGAUGAGAGAGAAAUUCUCCUUACAAAUUACCCCAUGGUAGUGGUCAAAUGCCUCUCCCGAAGAGGAAAUGUUUUGGAAAUAUACGGUGUAUGGAUUAAUGAAAAGUAAAUGUUUCGGACGUCUUAAAGUAAGUCGGGCUUACAUCUCCCAGAGAUAAUAUACUUUGUAUUAAAAAAGGGAGGGAAAUUGAGGUCAUGGUAACAAAACUGGAUACAUGUAGCUUUUGAAGUCCUUAUCGAACAAGCCAUUCGUUUACAAAAGAUGUGUCUUAAACUUUAAAGUCUUCAAUCUAAUUAUGAGAAAGAUCGCAUCUACCGAACUACGUUGUCAGACACCGGAUCUUAAAAAGAAUUUAACUUGAGGCUUGCGGAUCAAAUUCACCAUCCCUGGGCACAAGGGAUGGUCAAAUGCCCUGGGUUUAACGGGGAAUGUUAAGGUUUCGAAUGGGUCGGCACAUACGAUUUCCAACAACCAAUACGCGUGACAUCUGGAACGUCAAAGAUCUAGCUGAAAACGGUCUCUAACGCUGGAUGAAGGGUUUGGAGUGUUGGAGAGGAGGACAAGCCAUUGACGGGGUCACCGUUUCUACGAGCUGCGUUGACGGGGCCAAGUUUAAAACCUAAGGGUGCUUGAUCAUGGUGGACCUAUGCCUAGCCAGUACAAUCUUGUAUAGCAAAUUAAAAAAAUUUAAUGCAUAAAGCAAGCCUGACUACAGCGCUACUGGAUUACAUUAGUCCCUUUUUCCAUAAAAGGAUAAAUUCAACCUCCCAGCUGUGGAGUCAGCCUUGCCUCUUCAUUUAUCAACUGAUUUAUUUGUCUAUCCACAACGACCACAACUACUAGGCAGUUGCUAUUAGAUCUAAGCUAGAUCUAGGGUUUGGAUGUCAUGGAACAUGGAACAACGUGUUGCCGAGCCUCUUCAUUAAUAGAUUUUCUGUCAAAUUUUUUGCAGGACUGUGUUUUCACCAAAAACUUUUCUGAUACUGCCCUUCAUGUUUACUGGACGGGUGCAUUGAGAAUUCACAACUGCAAUAGGUGCUGCAAACGUUGGUACUUCACUUUCAAUGGCGCUGAGUGUUCUGCUCCUCUGCCCAUUGACGGAAUUGUCUACAUGCAGACAGGCAGUAAUAAAGAUCUCCAUCGCGUCCGCCAUAUUGAGGGGCACUGUAGUAACAUCCAUAAAGGAAAGGUGCGCGUGGGAUUCUGGAUCGGCAACUGCGCUUCACAUGGAAACGCUGAUGGUGCAACAGGAUGGAAUUCAGUGUCUCGUAUAUUUGUUGAAGAAGUUCCUAAAGCUCAAGCUUGA